GUGUUCAGGCCGUGCAGGUGGCCCUUCGGAGCGGACAAGCCGCCCGAGGAUGCCGCCUGCGUGACGGACUUCUACCCGGCGUUCCAGCGGAUGCUGUCCGAGGACGAGGGCCUGCUGCCGCCCAGGGAUAGCCCCUCGCUGAUCAACGAGGUCUGCACGUCUCUCGAGGACACCCAGAACAACCUGUUCGCGUACGUCGGUGCCCUCCUGGAGUUCGCGGACAGGAAGCUGAACGGCGGCGCGCCAUGCCUCGGCGCGCACGAUGGGCACCCGGGCUUCCGGCCGCCGGAGCACUGCGUCGCAGAGUUCACAUUCGACGGCGGCAAGUACAGCGGUUGUGUCGCCGAGAACGACAAGUCGAUCGGGUUCUCGGACAUCACGGCCCCCUGGUGCUCCUGGACGGACACCGUGCACGGCAGCACGGACUGGGACGGCCCCUGGAGUUUCUGCACCCGGUGCACCGCCGAGGACGCCCAGGUCCGGUCCUGA